AUGCUACUGAGCAUUGCAAGCGUCAUGGCCGAAUCAUAUGACUAUAUUAUCGUCGGCGGUGGUACUGCCGGCCUCACUGUCGCAGCUCGCCUCACCGAGGACCCUCAAGUGACGGUUCUUGUGUUGGAAGCCGGCGCCGAUCGCUCCGAGGACUUGAAUGUGCUGGCUCCGGGUCUGUUCCUAGCUAUGUACGGCAACCCGGACUAUGAUUGGGAUUACAAGACUGUUCCUCAGACGGCUGCCAACAACAAGGUCGUCGCCCACAUCCGCGGCAAGCAGCUCGGGGGCUCCAGCGCAAUGAACUUCAUGUUCUGGACCCACCCUUCCCGGCGAGAUGUCGACAACUGGGGUGACCUGGGCAAUAUAGCAUGGUCUUGGGAUGCUCUCGCUCCCUAUUUCCGCAAGUCAGAGGCGUUUGUUGCCCCGUCGGCUCAGCAGAAGAGCGAUCUCAGUCUUAACUAUGUCGACCCAGUCGUGCACGGAACCAGCGGGCCCAUCGUCAAUGAGUUCCCCAAGCUGUACAGCCCCUUUCUCGAGGCGUGGCCGAGGACCAUGGAGAAGCUUGGUUUGGGCGUCAAGGGCGAUCCACGGGACGGAAAGGCGCUGGGAGGUUACGUCAACCUUCUCAACAUCAAGAAUGCGACGCGCAGCUAUGCGGCGAAUGCGUACCUCGGACCUGCACGUCAGCGAGCAAAUCUUAAGGUCAUGACAGAAUCCCACGUGUCCAGAAUACUGUUCAGAAAUGAUGAAAACGGCAUCGAAGCAACAGGUGUCAUGUGGACUCAGGGUGCCGACGAGGUCGAAGCCAUCGCCGCAAAGGAGGUAAUUCUUGCUGCGGGUUCCAUAGCCUCGCCACAGUUGCUCGAAUUGUCCGGCAUUGGCACCAGGGAAAUCCUAGAGAAGCACGGUAUCGAAGUACUGGUGGACAACCCCAAUGUCGGCGAGAACCUACAGGACCAUGUUUACGUCCCCCUUGGAUUUGCCGUCAAGACAGGGCUGCCAACGAAUGAGGACUACUCCAAUGCAACCUACUUCCAGGAGCAACUCGAUUUAUACCUACAGACGAAAACAGGUCGUCUAUCCUCGGCAGGCGCCAGCUCGGCGCUUCUGUCCCUUGAGCAGAUUGCACCCACUCUAAACUUUGACCCUCCCAUUCUUAAGAGCAAUAUCCCAGGGCUGGCUGAACAGUAUCGUCUUGUCUUUCGGGACUUGAAGUCGGAGGCUAUCGCUCAGGAGCUCACCAUUGAAGGCGGCAUCUCUCCCCAGUUCUCCUCCGACACGACGAAACUCUUCAACGCCGGCUCGCCUGGUAACUUUCUCUCGGUUCUGGGGGUCCUCGAGCACCCCCUAUCCAGAGGCUCAGUCCACAUCCAAUCUGCCGACGUGACCGCCCACCCAGAGAUUGAUCCACGCUACCUUUCGAACCCGCUCGACGUUCAGCUAUUGAAAACCAUCGCCCUCCACCUCCAAACUGUUGCGCGAACGAAGCCGUUGAGUGACCUGCUUCAGGGCGACGGUACCGUCUUCCAACCCGGUUAUCACGAGCUCACGACCCAAAACGUGGAGGAUUGGGUGCGAAAUAGUAUGCAGAGCGAGUACCACCCUUGCGGAACAUGCGCCAUGUCUCCAAGGGAAAAGGGCGGCGUCGUUGAUGAAAAGUUCAAGGUUUACGGAGUGAAGAACCUGCGGGUGGUUGAUGCUAGUGUGUUUCCUCUGAUACCGAGAGCUAAUAUCCAGUCCAUGGUAUAUGCUGUAGCAGAGAGGGCCGCGGACUUCAUAAAGCAGGAUGCACACUGA